GCUGGGAAGGUUUCAUAGCCAGGCCUGAAACUUAAAACCGUUUAGGGUGUAAUGUGCGUGGGGUUGGUGUUUCUGUAAGGCAAACAUUAAUAGUAGCUCCACCUGCAACACGCUAACGUUAGCUGUAGAUACAGCCGGCGACCGGGUUUAUUGUGUCGCAGGUAACGCAAAAUUAGCUAGGAUGCUAACAUGAUGCUCAACCCAUCAGCCGGGUUACCAGAUGAUCGAGACGCAAUGUACAGCCAGGCACAAAAUAGCAUGUAUAAAACUGGCGAUAAAACCAGUCCUAUUAGCGUAAUACUAGUUAGUUCUGGCAGCCGAGGGAACAAACUACUUUUUCGAUACCCUUUCCAGAGAGUGGCCGAAUGUCCGUCAUCUCUUACAGCAAAACAGCGAAGCCCAUAUGCACUGAACACAACCGGGGAUGGUCUUGAAGAUCAGGACGGUGAUUCAAGAGAACAGUCUUCACUAACUGAUGAACAGUUGGUAGCUGGGUUCUCUGACAUCAUCCUCGCCACCAUCCUGGCCACCAAAUCUGAUAUGUGUGGUAAGAAGUUUGAACUGAAGAUAGACAAUGUUCGAUUUGUGGGUCACCCGACCCUCCUCCAGCAUCCUCCUAUCAUUCAGGUUUCUAAAACAGAUCCUUCUCCUAAGAGAGAGGUGCCCACAAUGAUCCUGUUUAAUGUGGUGUUUGCACUGAGGGCGAACACUGACCCCUCCGUCAUCAGCUGCAUGCACAACCUGUCACGCCGCAUCGCCAUAGCCCUGCAGCACGAGGAGCGGCGCUGCCAGUACCUGACCAGAGAGGCCAAACUGAUGCUGGCCGUUCAGGAUGAGAUUACCACCACAACUGAGACGGACAGAAGUCCCCAGUCCCCAUUUAGACAGAUUCUUCCCAAAUGUAAGCUAGCCAGGGACCUGAAGGAGGCUUACGACAGCCUUUGUACAUCCGGUGUGGUACGACUACACAUUAACAGCUGGCUGGAGGUGAGCUUCUGUUUACCACACAAGAUCCACAGGAUUGGUGGCAAUUAUAUCCCCCCAGAGGCAUUAGAGCGUAGCCUUAAGGCUAUAAGACCCUAUCAUGCCCUGUUGCUACUAGAAAGUGAGAAGGCACUGCUGAGCCAGCUUCCUUUGGACUGCUCGCCUGCGAUGGUGCGCCUCAUCAAAACCUGCUCAGCAGUGAAAAACCUGCAGCAGCUUGCCCAGGACGCUGACCUGGACUUAUUUCAGAUCUUUCAAAUUGCUGCCCACUUGGUUUACUGGGGAAAAGCCAUCAUCAUUUACCCCCUGUGCGAGAACAACGUCUACAUGCUGUCUCCUCACGCCAAUAUCUGCCUAUACUCACCACUGGCCGAGCACUUUGCCCAGCAGUUUCCUGGUCAUGAUCUGCCCUCCAUGUUAGCCAAGUUCUCACUGCCUGUCUCACUGGCUGAAUUCAGAAACCCCUUGGAAGCUCCUGCACAGGAGGCUCACCUGAUCCAGAUGGUGGUGUGGAUGCUCCAGCGCCGCUUGCUGAUCCAGCUGCAUACUUAUGUUUGCCUGUUGGUCCCACCCAGUGAGGAUGAGCCUGGGCUAAGGGAUGAAGACCCUCCAAUGGCUGCCAGAGUAGGAAGCCGAAGUCUCAGCACGCCUAGCGCUCUCAGCUUCGGUUCUCCAACCAGCAGUGAUGACAUGACCCUCACCAGCCCCAGUAUGGACAACUCCAGUGCAGAGCUGCUACCUGGUGGCGACUCCCCGCUCAACAAGAGGAUGACAGAGACCCUGCUUGCCAGCCUCUCAGAGUAUGAGAGGCAGGUUAUUCUCAACAUCCCUGCUGCACAAAAUCCAGAGGAUUUGCGGAUGUUUGCCAGAUCUUUGGAGAGGAGCCACAGUUGCAGCAUGCUCCCGAAGUGGCAGCCUUGUGUGCAUGUGUGUGGCAUUGGAGAAUUAGGUGAAGGGCAUGUGUCAUUGGACUGGAGCUGGCAGGCCUGGGGUGGGACAGAGAGCAUGGCUGAAACACGGCGGGAGAGCACCAGUAGCCUGCAGAGGAAGAAACCUCCCUGGCUCAGACUGGACAUUCCUACGGCUCAGAUGUCAGUGGACGAGCCUCCCACUUUUGUUCAGCCAGUGAAGAGGCAGGGGUUCCUGCGCAGCAUCAGCAUGCCAGUGGAGACUUCUCACCUCCAGUCUCCACCCCGCGACCUCUUUGACACCCGGCGGCCUGUCUUGCAACGCCAGUCAUCAAUCACUCAGACAAUAAAGAGCAGCAGAAAGGUGCACUUUGAGCGGAUUAACACGGUGCCUGUUAAGGGCCAGCGAGCUGCUCGCCGCAGCACCAGGAAGCACCACUCACUCUCCAGAACCCUGCUCAGGGGGACGGCGGACUGGUUUGGGGUCAGUAAGGAUGGUGACGCCACCCAGAAAUGGCAGAGGAAAAGUCUGCGCCACUGUAGCUUGCGCUAUGGAAAGCUGAAACCACAGGUGAUCCGAGAGAUGGAUCUGCCCAGCCAGGACAACAUCUCCCUAACCAGCACUGAGACCCCGCCUCCUCUUUAUGUCCCCACGUCACAGCAUGGCAUGCAAAAGAUUGUGGACCCACUGGCACGAGGACGAGCUUUUCGUAUGGUGGAGGAGGUGGAUGGCUAUAGCAUGCCUCAGACCCCCAUCACUCCAGGAGCUGCCUCCCUUUGCUCCUUCACCAGCUCCCGCUCAGGUCUCAACCGACUGCCUCGCCGACGUAAGAGAGAGUCUGUGGCAAAAAUGAGCUUCAGGGCUGCAGCAGCACUGGUCAAGGGGCGCUCAUUAAGGGAGAGCACUCUGAGACGGGCUCAAAGACGAAGCUUUACUCCUGCCAGCUUCAUGGAGGAAGAUGUGGUCGACUUUCCUGAUGAACUGGACACAUCUUUCUUUGCCAGAGAUAUUCUGAUGCAUGAGGAGAUGUCCACAUAUGCAGAUGAAGUGUUUGAGUCGCUGUCUGAGGUGGCCAUGAAAGAGGCAGAGCCCAGCAGUAAGAAGGAUGAGACAGAGCUGACAGGCAGCGCCCUAGAUAAAACCGAGCUGGAGAGAAGUCACCUCCUGCUACCAUUGGAGCGAGGGUGGCGUAAAGCCAAAGAAGGAACUCCAGGACCACCAAAGGUGCCCUUGCGGCAGGAGGUAGUGAGUGUUAACGGACAGCGUCGUGGGCAGCGCAUUGUUGUACCUGUCAAGAAGCUUUUUGCUCGAGAGAAGAGGCCCUAUGGGUUGGGUAUGGUAGGGAAGCUCACAAACCGCACCUACCGUAAGCGCAUUGACAGCUACGUGAAGAGACAAAUAGAGGACAUGGAUGACCACAGGCCUUUUUUUACAUACUGGAUCACCUUUGUCCAUUUGCUCAUCACCAUCUUGGCUGUAUGCAUCUAUGGUAUUGCACCAGUGGGCUUCUCCCAGCAUGAGACGGUUGAUUCUGUUUUAAGAAACAAAGCUGUGUAUGAAAAUGUCAAAUUUGUACAGCAGGAGAACUUCUGGAUCGGGCCGAGUUCGGAAGCUCUGAUCCACUUGGGGGCCAAAUAUUCUCCAUGCAUGCGGCAGGACAAGCAAGUGCAUGACCUUAUCAGGGAAAAGAGAGCUGUUGAACGUAACUCUGCCUGCUGCGUGCGGAACGAUCGCUCUGGCUGCGUCCAAACCUCAGAGGAGGAAUGCUCGAGUACUUUAGCUGUGUGGGUAAAGUGGCCCGGGCAUUCCAGCACUCCCCAGUUAAAUGGUGAAAACCGAAACUAUGGCUCGGUUUGCCAUCAGGAUCCCAGGACAUGUCUAGAGCCUGCCUCAGUAUCACCUCAUGAAUGGCCUGAUGACAUCACCAAGUGGCCAAUCUGUACCAGGUACAACACAGGGAACCACACCAACCUGCCUCAUAUAGAUUGUACUAUCACAGGCCGGCCGUGCUGCAUUGGAACAAAAGGGAGGUGUGAGAUCACUUCCCGGGAAUAUUGCGACUUCAUGAAGGGCUACUUUCAUGAGGAGGCUACUCUCUGCUCUCAAGUGCACUGCAUGGAUCAUGUAUGUGGCCUGUUGCCUUUCCUCAACCCAGAGAUCCCAGAUCAGUUUUACAGGCUCUGGCUCUCACUUUUUCUGCAUGCAGGGAUCCUUCACUGCCUGGUGUCGGUGGCUUUCCAGAUGACCAUCCUGAGGGACCUGGAGAAACUGGCGGGUUGGCUGCGCAUCUCAAUCAUUUACAUCCUCAGUGGCAUCACUGGCAACUUAGCUUCAGCAAUCUUCCUGCCCUACAGAGCAGAGGUGGGUCCAGCUGGCUCUCAGUUUGGAAUUCUGGCCUGUCUGUUCGUCGAGUUGUUUCAGAGUUGGCAGAUCCUGGCCCAGCCCUGGAGGGCCUUUACCAAGCUGCUGUGUGUUGUGCUCUUCCUCUUUGCCUUUGGGCUGUUGCCCUGGAUUGACAAUUUUGCCCACAUUUGUGGCUUCAUCUCUGGCUUCUUCCUGUCCUUCGCCUUCCUACCAUACAUCAGCUUCGGCCGCAUGGACCUGUACCGCAAACGCUGCCAGAUUAUUGUCUUUCUGCUGGUGUUUGUCGGGCUCUUUUCAGGCCUUGUCGUGCUCCUCUAUGUCUACCCAAUCAAGUGUGAAUGGUGUGAGUUGCUCACCUGCAUCCCUUUCACGGACAAAUUUUGCGAGAAGUAUGACCUCAACGCUCACCUUCACUGAAGUGUGGACAGCGUGAGCACGACAGGAAGGCAUCAGGUCAAAAGACGUGGACGAACAGAUGACAUCAGCCAGUCUGUCUCUCCACUUGACCUCUGUGUGGCUGGGGGGCUGUCACCCCCUCUCUGUGAACUAGGACAAUAUUUCUGUGUUGUGUUUUCUACUCUGUCAGUAUGAAUACGUUUGCCACUCAUCAUAAGUACUUCUUUUAAUCACUUUUAAUUCACUGACAGUCAAUGUCCCUCCUUCACUGCCCAGUGAAACAAAGGUAUGGCACUUCUUAACCUCAACAAAGUUCCCAGCUGCUCUUUACACAUGAGGCAGGAAUUGUACAGAGAGAGGGAACUUUGUUUUUUACCUUCACACUCCAGACAUAGGUUUUCUCAUUGUUCAGUCCAUCUUAUACUGAAGGUGGGACAAAAAAAAAUCUAAUACUGAUACCUUUGGUGCCUUGUUGAUAAAUGUACCAACUACUGCCAUAUUUUUGUUACAUUAUGCUGAGCACUCGAAUGUUUUCUUUUAUUUGUUUAUUGCUUCUGAAGAAGUGAUGGUUGUUUUGAACACGGUAGCGUUUUAGCUACUUUUACUCAUCUGUAAGUGAAAACCGAAGUAAAAAAAAUACAAGUUAAAAUUGUCUGUGACUU